CCCGAAUCCAUCCUUAACAAAAAUCUUUCUUGUUCUUCUGUUACAACUAAGAUUACAUAUUUAUCAUAUGUGAUAAUAUGUGAACAGUUUUUUCAAAUUUUAUUGUGCCAAUUUUCUUCGCAUCCCUAAUAUUAUUAUAAUUCUUUUAAUUUCAACUGAUUUCACCAAUAUUUUAAUUAUUUCACAGAUUAGGUAAUUUUCUGUGUUAUACCAUGGAUAACGAUCCCAUCGUAUCAGAAGUUAAUAAGAGGGACACUGUUCUGGUCCUUCUGUUUGGAGUAAUUUCAGGAGUUCUGAACGAAGUAAUCUCAUGGAUUUUCAUAUAUCGCAAAGAUAGCUUUAAGAAGUCAUUCAACGAAUUAUGUGACGCUUUUGAACUAUAUACGGCCGCCAAAGUUCUACCAAGGUCUAAAACAAUGUCACAUAGUGGAGAAACGCCAUCGAAGGUUUUAAUGGAAAAAUCAAAAAAUAUUAAGGGUAACCUGACAUUUUCAACCUUCAUAACGGGACUGUUACUUAUGGGACUAAUGCCCGCUGUCAUGAGCGUGUUUGAGUAUUCAGUGGUUGCAAAACUCCCCUUCACGCCCCUUCCACUCUUAUCAAUGUUCACACAUAGUAAACUACUAGGGAACGACACUACUGACUGUACAGCAACUGCAGUAUACACAGUGGUUUCAAUGCUAGCAAGACAGUACACUAAAGCUCUCCUAGGCUUCGAGUCGCCCUUAACUCCAUUCAGAGAAAGUAUUCUCCAAGACCAAGUUAAGAAGGAAAGAUGAUCAAAUAUAACACAGAUUCAAAUUCUUUAAUUUAUUUAACCGCUUCGAAUUAGAAUUUUUACUUUUUUUAAAAUAUUGUUUAAUAUUGUUUUUAUUGUGUU